CUGCGCCAGCCCUUACUCCAUUUUCAAACGCAUCAGCGGGGCUUCAUCGUCAGUGGCCGACUUCUUUCUUUCGGGCUUUUUUGUCUAAUGGGCAAACUCUUUGUAAAUGCUUUUUAAGAAUCAGAACUCUUGGAAAUCACACACUGGCUUCUUAGCAGGCCCUGGCCUCGAGUCUUAUUUGAAGGGGUUUCAAUUCACUGGUGAACCACCUUGGCUUCUCUGCACCUGAGGAACAGCAGUACUAAAUCCCAGUUCUUUCAUAUUCAAUUUACUGGUGAGUAAUCAAAAGGACCUGUUGUGACCAUGAACACUGCCACUCCCACCGAGUUUGAAUUCCCAUUCCUGGAGGAGGGUUUCACCGCCCGGGAUAUUGUGGAGCAGAAGAUUAAUGAGUCAUCUCUUACGGAUGACAGGGAUGCCUUCUACGUCUGUGACUUGGGAGAUGUGUUGAAGAAACACCUGCGCUGGGUGAGGGCCCUGCCUCGUAUCACUCCUUACUACGCUGUCAAAUGUAACGACAGCCGGGUAGUCCUUGGGACACUGGCGUCCCUGGGAACUGGCUUUGACUGUGCGAGCAAGACAGAGAUUCAGCUGGUUCAGUCUCUGGGUGUGGAUCCAAGCCGCAUCAUCUACGCCAACCCCUGCAAGCAAGUUUCUCAGAUCAAAUAUGCUUCUGCUCAUGGGGUCCAGAUGAUGACCUUUGAUAGUGAAGUGGAACUCAUGAAAGUGGCCCGUUGUCAUGACAAUGCCAAGCUGGUGCUACGAAUUGCCACUGAUGACUCAAAGUCCAUCUGUCGCCUGAGUGUGAAGUUUGGGGCCCAACUCAAAUCCUGUCGAGGUCUUCUGGAGCGAGCUAAGGAGCUGGGGCUGGAUGUGGUUGGUGUCAGCUUCCAUGUUGGCAGUGGUUGUACUGAUGCGAAGACCUACAUGCAGGCCAUUGCUGAUGCUCGCUGUGUUUUUCAUAUGGGGGAUGAGCUUGGCUUCAAAAUGGAUCUCUUGGACAUUGGUGGUGGAUUCCCGGGCACAGAUGAUGCUGAACUCAAAUUUGAAGAGAUCACAGCUGUUAUCAACCCUGCCCUGGACAAGUAUUUCCCUAUUGACACUGGUGUCAAGAUCAUUGCUGAGCCAGGGCGCUUUUAUGUAGCUUCUGCGUACACACUGGUUGUCAACAUCAUUGCCAAGAAGGUCAUCAUGGACGAGGACUCAGUCUCUGAUGAUGAAGAUGAAGGGACCAAUGACAGGACUCUGAUGUACUAUGUCAAUGACGGAGUAUACGGAUCUUUCAACUGUAUACUCUAUGACCAUGCUCAGUGUUUCCCAAUACUGCAUAAGAAGCCAAAGCCAGAUGAAGCCAUGUACCCUUGCAGUAUCUGGGGCCCAACCUGCGAUGGUCUGGAUCGCAUUGUUGAGCAGUGCUUCCUGCCUGAUCUGCAGGUGGGCGACUGGCUGGUCUUUGAAAACAUGGGUGCCUACACCGUAGCUGCCUCCUCCACCUUCAAUGGAUUCCAAAGACCUGACAUUCACUACGUCAUGUCCCGUCCAGCUUGGCAACAUGUGCAGCAGAUUAAUCUCCAGGGAAUGCCAGCUCCUGUGGAAGAGUCUCGCCUGUUGGAAGUGACAGCCUGCUGUGGCCAAGAGAGCAGCUUGGAGAUGCGCACCAAGCCUUGUCAGGCCCGUGUGCUUUAAAUGCAGCGUAAUGUAGCGUCACUCAUUUUCAAUUUGGAGAAUGUUCUCUUUGGGGAGAUUUUUUUUUCCUUCCUUUUGACCCCAAUGUAUGAACAUUUAAGGCCAGUUACUUGACAGGAGGAGUGUGGGGGGGGGGCGCAUGUUGCUGCUCAAAAUGUCUGUGUUCUGUAUGGAAGCUGGAGAAGGAUGCUUUAAAUUAAUUGAAGCUAAAUCACACCCCAAGUGUCUCUGUGGGUUCUAGGCAGAGUGUGCAGGGCACUUCUACUUGAGUUUAAUGUAACAACUGUACUAGACUGAACCUAUCUUUGCUGAAUUGGAAAAGCAAAAGUAUAGUGUUACUUUGCUGAAUAAACCAGAAAACCACUUUACUGAAGUUUGCUUUUCACCUCAGGUCUCAUCAUUUUCAGACAUACUUUUUAUGAAUGUAUAAAUGGUCAGAGGUGAAGAGAUGCUAUUUAUUUUGGCAUAUUACUCAACAGCUCUAGUCACAGUCCAGGCUAGCAACUCCGAGGUGAUUGGAGGGGUCAUUUAACUCCUUAUGUGGCUGCUAUAUUAAUAUUUAUCUUGAUCUCCACUUCUGUACAGAACUCCAAAGUGUUAGUCCUUAAGAUGUUCAAACAGCAAACACCGUUUUAUUGUUUUUGUCACCCUGUUAAGUGUCUAUUCUUUAAAUGCUUCGCUGCCCUAUCUGGCCAAACUUACUUAAGUAAAAUGUGAUAUACUCCCAGGAUAAUAUAAUGUGCUUGAAUCUUGCUGAUGACUCUGGCUGCUGUGGCUGCAGCGAAUGUAAUAACUUCUGAGACAGCAAUGUAAUCUGUAUAUUUAAGUUUUCUGCUACCAGUCAUAUCGUCUUCAUUCAUGUCUUGGUCAAUGGGCACUUCAAGUGCAAACAAAAACCAAAGUCUUGAAGAUUAACACUGAAAAGACAGGGACUCAAGAAGCAGACUGCAUACCUUUCUCUCCUCCUCCUUAUUUUAUUAUAUUCUUACUUUUUGUAACUUGCAUGAGGCAAGGAAUCUAUUUGUGAUAAUAAUUUAUGUUUAACCAUACAUUUGAAGUAGACGCAUGAGAUGGGAUGGUGAUUUCAUUGAGCUUUCCUGUGGAAACGUUUUAGAAGUUUUGUAUUCUUUUUUUAAAAUAAAUAAAACAUUAGGUUCAAAGCCAAAAUAAUUGUGUGUUUUGUCCAAAUGGGGACCACAUGAAAUCAUAAGGCCUUCCGAAUCACUUUAGGAUUCAAGAGCACCAUCUAGUGGUCAGCAUACAUUACUGACUGACAUGUUAAAUACCAUGUUUAAUCAGCACACAUGCACAUACAGAUAAACACAUGUCACACACCUAGGCGUUAUCACUAGCACAUGAAUAUAACUCCCUAUUAACUACAAUCAGUUAUUUUUAUUUAACUCUUGCUGAACUAUAACUAUUUACAAAAUCCAACCAUGGUGGUUUAUUUUGAGUUGUGGAGGUAAAGGAGAACAUCCACCGUGAAUGGCUAUAAUAGGCUGUGAUGCAUCCACUGUCUUGUCCUGUGUUAAUAAUAAACAGAAACACUGUAAAACCCUUA